CACAUCACAGCCCGUGUCAAGGUGACCCCAGUCUCUUAUGAUAAGGCGACUCUCGGAGCCGUCAGUUUGCUUCAGACAACGGAACCGAAAAGAUGGCAGAUAUUCAGCUGAGCAAGUACCACGUGUCUAAGGACAUCGGAUUUCUCCUGGAACCUCUUCAGGAUGUGCUGCCUGACUAUUUCGAGCCCUGGAAUCGCCUGGCGAAGUCUUUGCCAGAACUUGUAGCCAGUCACAAGUUCAGAGAUGCAGUGAAAGAGAUGCCUUUGUUGGAUCAGUCCAAGUUGGCCGGGUACCGUCAGAAGCGGUUGGCCCAUCUGCAGCUGGUUCUCAUUACAUCCGGGUACCUGUGGCAGGAGGGGGAGGGUGGAGCAGUGCAGCGGCUACCUGAAUGUGUUUCCAAGCCAUUGUGGAACGUGUCCAACGACCUGGGCUUGAAGCCUGUCCUGACUUAUGCCGACAUUUGUCUCACUAACUGCAAGGUGAAGAACGGUGACAUCGAGGUCAUGUACAAUCUACCCGGGGGAGCCGGCACUGAGUGGUUCUUGAAGGUCUCCGGACUCGUGGAACUUGCUUUUGGCAAAAGUGGUCAGGCAGUUCAGAAUGUACUGGAUGGUGCUAAGGCUAACGACAAGGCCAAGAUGGCAUCCGGCUUUACUGACUUGACGGCUGCAAUUGGCAACAUGCAGACUACCUUGGCAAGGAUGAACGAGAAUUUGACGCCUGAGCAUUUCUACAACGGUGUGCGGCCAUUCCUUAACGGGUUUGGGGGACCAGCCAGUCCUAUCAGUGGAGGACUUGUAUAUGAAGGUGUAUCAGACAAGCCUGUGACGAUGAUCGGCGGCAGUGCAGCUCAGAGCAGUACCAUGCAGGUCCUUGACGGCCUCCUGGGCAUCACACAUUCCCCAGAAAAGCAGGCCUUCUUGGACGAAAUCAGGAACUACAUGCCUCCCUCCCACAAACAAAUGCUGGCUGAUUUGACGAAUAUGCCGCGCAAGGUACCUCAAGUUGUGGCAGAGACCAAGGAUGCCAAUCUCACCAAAGCAUUCAACGGCUGCGUUGCCGCUUUCGUCCAGUACCGUAGUUAUCACAUACAGGUCGUAACAAAGUACAUCGUGACAGCAUCAAAGUCAGACUCUCCCAAGAGUCUCGCUUAUAAGGACACCGGUAAAUCAGAUCUCAUCCCUUUCCUGAAGGAAGUGCGGGAUGACACGGAGAAGGUGCAGCAGUGAGGACCGUCUGGAUGCUGACAGUGUGCUGAGCGUCUGCUUUCCUGGCCUCAUUGGUGUUGGAAGACGGCAGCAGUAACAGCAUCACUGGCCACCACUCUGUUGUCUGUUUUGUCACACUAAGGACGCCAUAUUGGCGGUACCUUCAUAACGCCAGUGCGAGGACGCCAGCGUGCCAUGGAUUAAGUUCUGUAUUAGUUCCUUGUGUUAGCAGGCAUAAUAGACCGUGUUUUGAAAGGCUGCAGCUCUUUCUGAUGCCAAUGCUGCUAUAGAGCUUCUCAUACGAUGAGUUGUGAAAACUGACAAUGCAUUGUGUAAUAAAAGCUGGAAGUUA